AGACAGUUAAAAUAAUGUAUUCCCCAGCGAAACUUAUUGCAUGUACGCUGAUUUUUGCACAGCUACUGGGCACCAUUUAUUGCGGAGUGUACGAUAAUACGGAUCACUGGGUCGUUUCCGAUAAGACGCAGAACUUUCCCGAAAACGCAGUUCUCGGUGGCAUCGAUUCAUACGGCUAUGAUAACUACGUGGGGCGUGUCGUUUAUACAAGCUCGAUUCUGCCAGCCCGUGUUAGGUCCGAAACUGGGUACACUACCUACAACACCGACACACUCGCCAAUCAAGCGACCUACUACGAGUUGCUGGUCGCGAAUGAAACCGUCAGCUAUCAUUGGGUGCGCAGUUACGAUGGCUUCAGGGAAAGGAAUGCUGUUUCUGUGGGUACAAGCGCACUGAACGAACGUGUUUACGUCUGCCGCGCCAGAACCGAUGGCGGUAUUUUCAUUGGAACCCUGUAUCUUGCGCAAAAGGUUUGUUUUAUCCGGUACGAGAAUUUCCCUAUGCGACAGAUCAGUAAAUACGAGGUACUGGUCCGACAAGUUACACCUGCAGCGUGGGCACCAUUCGUCAAUCAAAUCAAUUGAUAAGAUUGCAAAGUUAAAUACAAACGAACAUUUAUAAGUAAAAUGUUUUGAUAAUAAAUUGAGCUAAAUCAUAACACGAAACAUAAAGCACAUAAUCCCUGGGGCUUAUAUUUACUACUUUAUUACUCAAGAUAGCUUUUAGUCUCAAAAGUUUGAAGACACACACUCCAAAGUUUAUGUAUAGUUAACAAAUUAUUUCGAGUAAAUUGCGGAGAG